GGGGAACGUAAGGCGCCAAACUCGGUCGGGAGUGUUGCGGCAAGAGAAACAAAGUUUGUGCCGGGUCACUCGGCGGGCCUGGCGGAGCAGCAUCAUUCGUGAUUGUGUAGGAUGAUGGCAGUUCCAUUUGUGGAAGAUUGGGAUCUGGUGCAGACUUUGGGUGAAGGAGCAUAUGGCGAGGUACAAUUGGCAAUUAAUCGACGAACAAAGGAAGCAGUGGCAGUGAAGAAAGUGGACACCACACAUGCUCGUGACUGCCCUGAUAACAUCAAGAAAGAAAUCUGCAUCAAUAAGAUGUUGAACCAUGAAAACAUCGUCCGCUUUUACGGGCAUCGUCGAGAGGCACAUAUCCAAUACUUGUUUUUGGAGUAUUGCAGUGGAGGAGAGCUCUUUGAUAGAAUAGAGCCUGAUGUGGGGAUGCCUGAAGCAGAUGCUCAUAGGUUUUUCCAGCAGCUGAUAGCAGGAGUGGAAUACCUUCAUAGCAUUGGAAUUACACACAGGGACAUCAAGCCAGAAAAUCUGUUACUUGAUGACCGAGAUAACCUGAAGCUCUCUGAUUUUGGUUUGGCGACAGUUUAUAGACACAAUGGCCGGGAGAGGUUAUUAAAUAAAAUGUGCGGCACUUUACCGUAUGUUGCCCCAGAACUACUGAAGAGGAAGGAGUUCCAUGCAGAACCUGUGGAUGUGUGGUCCUGUGGAAUUGUCCUUGUUGCCAUGCUGGCUGGAGAGUUACCCUGGGACCAGCCUGCUGUGAGUUGCCAAGAGUACUGCGAUUGGAAUGAAAAGAAACUAUAUCUGACACCAUGGAAGAAGAUUGAACCUUUCCCAUUGAGUCUGCUGAACAACAUUCUAAUUGAAGGUCCAAAGAGCAGAGCCACUAUUUCAGAUAUCAAAAAGGACAAGUGGUUCAGUAACCAGUUUAAAAAAGGUGUGAAGAGAACUCGGUUGACCUCUGGUUGCUCUAAUGAUUCUCAGGGACCUUUCUCUAAACACAUUCAUUCCAAUGUGGACCUGGCCCCUGUUAGUGAUCUGCCCUGGAGGGAGGAUCAAGUGGGAAUCUCUAUCUCCCAGCCCGAGCCUCGGAUUGCCUUGUCGUUAUGUGAAUCCAGUCAUUCCAGUAUUGAUAAUCUAGUACAAGGUAUCAGUUUCUCCCAGCCUAUUUGUACAGAUCACAUGCUUGUUGGCAGCCAAUUACAGAGCACUCCUGGAUCAUCACAGAAUCCUUGGCAGCGGUUAGUGAAACGCAUGACUCGCUUCUUCACAAAGUUGAACGCUGAACGAUCCUACCUCAGCCUGCAUGAUGUCUGUGAGAAAUUAGGCUAUACCUGGAAGAAAAAUUGCAACAACCAGGUGACCAUAUCGACAGUGGACAGACGGAACAACAAGUUGAUAUUCAAAGUGAAUCUGAUUGAAAUGAACGAGAGGAUUCUAGUGGACUUUAGAUUGUCUAAGGGUGAUGGUCUUGAAUUCAAAAGACACUUUGUGACUAUAAAGCACAAGCUAAGUGACAUCAUCUAUACUCAGAAGAUCCUGACGCCUGUUGCCUGAUUUUAUUUCUUGAGCACUGUAUCUCUGCUCAGUAUCUGUGGCUGGACUACAUUCUUUGGCUUGUCUUGAAGACACUAAGGUUCUGAGAUUGUUUAUGAGUUGAACCCCAACCAUAAUUAACCUGUGGAAAUUUACCCAGGUCAAAAAUAAUGCUUCUCUCUAAUCCCAUUCUGAGUGUCCAGGUCACAGUCUGAUCUUCAUUUUAGGAAAGUUGGGAGGUUCUAUGUCUCGAGGUAUGUGUAACCACUGGAUGAGAAUUAUGUGUUCAGCAGACUCGAAUUUCACAAUCAAAGUUAAAUCAAUGGGGAAAUAGGAUCAUCAUUCACCACAGGGUGAGAAUAAUGGGCCAAUAAAGUAUUUAUUGCAGCAGCUGCUCCAACUUGUGGGUCAGCUUCUGAAAUAUUCUGGAACUAUUAGGGUUUUUUUUUUACAAAUAUUAAAUAAAAAUGCCUGUCCU